AUGGCCGCCGUAGGACAUCUUCGUAAAGACUUGAUAACCUGUUAUAUUUAUUUGUUGGAACAUGAAAACGAUCACAGCCGCAAAGGUGCAUGCCGUGCACUUGGCGUUCUUAAUUCAGGGCGAUCAUUGGAUGCAUUAGCGUUUGUGGCUGCAAACGAUCCAGUUCUAUCGGUAAGGGAGGAAGCGAUUCAGGCACUCCAUAAAAUGGGUCACGAUAUCGACGAUUUGGCCAAUUUUGAAACAACAAAAAUUUAA